AUGCGGCCCCCGCCUUUGCUCCUCCUAUGCGUGAGCCUCUAUGGCGUGGCCGCUAUCGAAUCUGGCUCGUGCAAACCCUUCUGCGAGAAGAAGACCGAGCCGUGGGAGUCGCUCUGCACCUGGAAUGGCUGCGACGGUUGCAGCGAAUGCUACGUCCAACCACCGCCUGCAAGCCCGCCACAAUGCCAGGGCUUCUGUGAAGCAAAGACGCAACCCUGGGACGCCCGGUGCAGCUGGACCGGCUGUGGCGGCUGCACUGAGUGCAUGCUUCCUCAGCCGGUGUGCAAGGCAUUCUGUGAGGACAAGACCCAGGCCUGGGAUACCAAGUGCACCUGGGGGGGCUGCAACGGCUGCUCCGAGUGCUCUCUCCCUGCGCCGGCGUGCAAGCCGUAUUGUGAGGACAAAACACAGGCCUGGGGUGACAAGUGCACCUGGCAGGGCUGCAACGGCUGCUCCGAGUGCGGCGCCGAGUCCGAGUGCAAGCCGUUUUGUGAGGACAAGACGCAGGCAUGGGAUGACAAGUGCACCUGGGAGGGCUGCAACGGCUGCUCCGAGUGCUCUCUCCCUGCGCCGGCGUGCAAGCCGUAUUGUGAGGACAAAACACAGGCCUGGGGUGACAAGUGCACCUGGCAGGGUUGCAACGGCUGCUCCGAGUGCGGCGCCGAGUCCGAGUGCAAGCCGUUUUGUGAGACCAAGACGCAACCAUGGUCGGCAAAGUGCUCAUGGAACGGCUGCUCGGCCUGCGGGGACGUGUGCAAUGCGUGCAAGCCCUACUGUGCGAUCAAGACGGACCCGUGGGAUAUGCUCUGCAGCUGGAACGGCUGCUCUAGCUGCACCGAGUGCUCCGAGGAAGCGGGGUUAGACGGCUCUGCGACCAUAAAUGGCACUGCGACCGUCAUCGUAACAGGGAGAUUCUACGCGGUGCAGUUUACGGGCGAUGUUGUCGAGGAGAGCGACCGCGUCGCGUGGGUGAGCCUGGAGUAUGCAGCCGAGCACAAGGGCAAGGAGUGCGAUGAAGCCUUCAACACUUCGGCCUUCUCAAUCACGAACAGCUUUGGCAACUCGGUCGAUGGCACGUGGGACGGCACCAUCCAGGAUCAUGGAGGCCUUGUCGAGAAGAGGGAGGAGCCUCCCGCGUCAGGAAACUUCGUGCUCCUCAGUGACUUGGUUUUGAUCAACUCGGGUCCGGACACUCGUGACGCGCUGGAGAUCCCCCUUGCGGAACACGAGCCUGCAGGGACAUAUCAGCUCUGCCGCUUGCCGUUCAACCCGAGCAGCGAGACGAAACGACGUCGUAAGCUGCAGUCGGACCAGCAAGGGAUCUUCUACCCAGACGUCAUUGCGGUGGUGUACCAUGACCUCAUCUUCACCGGCCUGGACAAGUGCGACUCCGGCAAUGCCGGUGCGGGCUCCUGA